AUGACCUCCAAAUCGAACUCUGGCAAGAAACAGUGCUGCCCCAAGGCGGUUCACAUCGAGGACAUCCAUUUGGGCGAUAGCUUCAAGGAGGAUAUGGGUCGCCGCUGUCUGAGCGAGGUUUAUGCCGAUGUUUGGUUCUUGGUCGAGGAUCAGCGACUGCCUGCCCACUGUGUGAUUUUGGCUACACGAAGUGAGUUCUUUCGCGUACUUCUCUACGGCUCCAUGACGAAGGAUCGCCAGAUAAGACUGCAUGUGCCAUUGGCGCCUUUCAAAGUGAUUUUGUCAUAUAUUUAUACGGGCACACUUUCCAUUAACACACUGCCCUUGGCUGCCAUUGUCAAUGUGUUGGCUGUGGCCCAUCUAUAUGACUUGGAGGAAGUAGAAGUGGCCCUGAACAAACGUCUCGAACAGAGUCUGCACCUCAACAAUGUGUUCAUGGUGCUGGAUGCAGCGCGCUACAACAAUCUGGCAGAUUUAGCCGAAGAAUGCUUUCAGUUCAUUGACCGAAAGGCGUGCGAAUUAGUCCGAGAGGAAUCCUUCCAACUGGUGUCCAAAGCAACGCUGGCGGAAGUGCUGAGCCGCGACACCUUCGUUGCCCCUGAGGAUGACAUUUUUUUUUUGGUAUGCGAAUGGAGUCGCCACCAUCCGGAAGAGAACAUUCACUCGCUAUUUAAGUUGGCAGGACUGCCACUCACGAGGAAAGAAGAUGUCUAUGUGGAGCGUCCGUCGGGCGGCUACGUAGAACCGGAAAAAAUCUCAGAAUAUGUGCUCUGCCGUGCCACGUUAUGGCCAGAGAAGGAUGUGGCCUAUGAUAGAUAUUUCUUGCGGCGUAUCCAUGACAUGCACAAUGACGUAUUGAUUGAUCUGCGGCACUGUUACAGGAUAAAUUGUAUACGACUUAUGGAACGUCAAAAAUCUCAGGAGAUCUGCUACGAUGUGCAGAUUUCUUGCGAUCGGAAUCGUUGGCAUCGUGUGGGCAGGAUAAUGCCAGUUGGCAAGCCAUUGCCCGAGGGCUGGAUGAAUAUCUACUUUGCGGAACGACCUGUGCGCUAUAUACGGAUUGUCAAUCCAGAAACGGAACGCAAAGAUUUGUUAAAUUAUUUCGAGCUGCAAGCCAAGCACACGACAAAGAUUUAA